AUGCGGCGCCAGCGGUGGGUGCUGCAGCGCUACUGCUCUGGCUCUUUUACAGCGACGGCUGUUGGCCGCGCAACAAUUCUGCAAGGGACAUCCCUGUCGUCAAUUACUUCUUUGGAGGCGGACGCGGCGAAGCCGGCGACGAGGAUCCGCGGACGUGUGGAGACGACACGCAUUCGCGGAAAGAUUGCGUUUAUUCAUCUUCGCCAGCCACCCUGUCACUCUAUUCAGGUGGUGGCAUCUGCCGCGGACAUCGUGCGGCGGGUGAAGGAGCUCACGCCAGAGUCCAUCAUUGACGCGACCGGCACUCUUGUGCCAGCGGAGCGGCCUGUGACUUCCGUCAGCUGCAAGAAUUAUGAACUCCACGCGGAGCGUGUCGAUGUGGUUAGCAGGGCGGCCACGCCGCUCCCUUUUCCCAUAAAAGAUUGCAACACGAAGCUGGACACGCGCCUGAACCAUCGUGUCAUGGACAUGCGCACACCACUGACAGCAUCGGUGCUCCGCCUCGUGUCUGCCGUCUGCCAGUGCUUCCGUAAACAACUGCUUGCCCGUGAAUUUGUUGAGAUACACACACCAAAAAUGUUGGCUGCUGCGUCGGAGGGCGGGAGUGCGGUGUUUACGAUUGAUUACUUUGGUCAGCGGGGUUACCUGGCUCAGUCGCCGCAGCUGUAUAAGCAAAUGGUUUUGAUGGGUGAUGCAAUGCGUGUGUUUGAGAUUGGGCCUGUAUUUAGGGCGGAGAAGAGUCUCACGCACCGCCACCUGACGGAGUUUGUCGGCCUGGAUGCCGAAUUUGUCAUUGAGCAUUCGUACACGGAGGUACUUGAUGUGCUGGAGUCGACAGUUUGUGCCAUGAUUGACCAUCUUCAGGAGGAUCACGCGGCGCUGGUACGACAGGCGCGGGAGUCACUGGCAGACAUGGAUGCCGCGGAAGGGAGUCCCUCCGCAUUGGGUCGGAACCAGGAAAAGGAAGAGGCAUCAAUUGUGUGCGAGCUGUCAGAGGAGACUCUCGGCGCUUUUGGAUGUUUAACAACGGACGCGACGGAGGCUCACUUGACAACCGAUUGCUACCACGGCCGCGUUGGCGUUGGCAGCAUUGACGCCCAGAGACGGAACCCGCGGCAGCCAAAAGUGUUGCGUCUCACCUUUGACGACGCGGUGCGGCUGCUUCUCGAUCACCAUGUGGUGGAUCAGCCUCCGACAGACUUCACUCUUCCGCAGGAACGACGCAUCGGGGAGCUGGUGCGGGAGCGGUAUGGGGUGGAUGUUUACAUUAUCGACCAGUUCCCCCUCACAGCGCGACCCUUUUACACGUUGCCGCACCCACAUAAGACAGAGUCGACAUGCAGCUUUGACAUGUACCUUCGCGGCGAGGAGAUCUGCAGCGGCUCGCAGCGCAUUCACGACAUAACGCUUUUGUUGCAGAACAUGGAGCGACUUCAAGUAGACGCAGCGAGCCUGAAGGAAUACGUGGAUGCCUUUCGGUAUGGUGCCUGGCCUCAUGGUGGCUUUGGGCUUGGACUGGAGCGUAUUGUGCUCUUUCUGCUUGGUGCGAAGGAUAUCCGGCAAAUUUCGCUUUUUCCACGAGACCCGAAACGUCUUGCGCCGUAA